AUGGAUGAGUUGGACCAAAUCAGUGGGGAGAUUGUCUCUGUCUAUGGGGGAAGUACGGCUACAGGGAAGCCUCCCGUUCACUUCUGUGUACUUCACGAUGCAUUCAUGCCAUGGGACACGGCCAUACGGGAAGAGUCAUCAGACAAGAUCGAAUCAUGCGUCGCGCCUUAUGCAGGCGACCUAGUUCGACUGUACUUCAAACACGUUCACCCGGUAUACAGCGUUCUCUCGAAGACUCGCUUCUUGCGUGCUUUCAAAUACGAGAAGCUCAGUCUACCUGCGUCAUUGCGUGGCGUCGUGUACGGUCUGGCGGCGGUGUUCUGGGAUCAGGACGAUACUCUCAAAUCUGUGCCCCGGCCGUUCGAGCAGUAUCAACUGUUUCAUGCAGCUCAGGCAUCCUUGGAAAGGGAGCUUGAUGCACCGAAUAUGUGGAAGCUCCAGGCCUGCUUAUUGAUGCUACACGAGCAACCCGCGUCUAACCACACUUUCCAAACACCUCGAACGUGGACUCUGAGUGCACAAGCGGUGGCCUGUGCGCAGAUGAUUGGUCUUCAUCGUGAUCCGACAGACUGGAACUUGGAGCCCUGGGAGAAAGCACUCCGGAAGAAAUUAUGGUGGGCAACGUACAUGACCGACGCAUGGGCGUCCGUCUCUCAUGGGAACCCUCCACACAUCUAUCCACAGUCUUACACCACGACCAACGCCAGUAUUGAUGACUUGCGCAUGGAUGAAGACGUUCCCGAUGACCUUCUGGACCUGGUCGAGCCGCAAGACUCGUAUUUCAAUGUCUCUACUGCGGCUCGCUUCGUCGAAAAUGUUCAGCUCACACAGAUCCUACACAACCUUCUGGACACAUCUUUUUCUGAUCGAAGCUACCAGAUAGGCAGGACCGAUCCACUGGAGCUCGAAGGGCGACUUGGACGCCUACUUCGAGAACUGGAAGACUGGCGUUCUCUCAUCCGAGCUGUGUGA